GUUGGAAUUUAUCUAUUUUUAUGGGUUUAAGUGUAAAAGAGUAAAGGUGCGAUCUUUCGAAUUCCAUUCCAUUUCUAUUUUCUUUAAAACCUCACAGGGCGAUGCCGACUGUGAGAAUAUAUAAAUACAGUGAAAGAAGUGGCGGUUGAUCACCCCAAUUUCUUUAUCUUCAUCAAAUUUCUCUUCCAUCAAGAUUUCAACUUUCAGUCUGCCUCUGUGUAGUGAUUACUGGCUUCAGUUGUAGUUGUAAUGGCUUACAUUCCUCCGCACAAGCGGCAUUCAAAGGAACCAGAGAGGCCACUGCCGACUCCAGAGCUGCUUGCUCCUCAAUUCAAGAAAAACUUCAAAGUCAAGCCAUAUAAUAAGUCUAAAGUGGAAUGGACUGGAAAAAUAGUUUAUGCAGACCAUUCUACAUCAAGAUGGCUGACCAUUGGUUUGGAUGAGGAGAACCCAUUUCCGCCUUUUGUUAAUCUUAAGCCCAUUUGCUUGGAGUCCACUGAGCCGAAAGUUGGAGAAAACCGUCUAGCUUUAAUCAAUACUAGUCUAGAUAAUGAAGGCAGUGAGGUGAAAUGGAAUUUGCCAAGAAGCCCUGGGGAAUCUCUAACAGAAAAUGUGCUGGAAGACUUAGUUUCUUCUUUUAAACACGUGAGGAAUGAAAUGAAGUGCGCAAAACUUAAAGAAGUAAAUCCUACUUUGAUUGCCAGAGUGGGGAAAGUACUCUUUCGCAGGAGCCCGUCAGUUAACAUGGAAUCUAUCACGAAAAAUUUGUCUGCUGAAACCUUGAAACAGUUGAGGAAAUCAUUUCACACAAACAUCCCUGUUUCAUAUAAGGAAAAGAUUGUAAAGGAGGUUGUCCCGAAAGUUGGAGUUGAUUUCGAAGAGGAGAAAGACGUAUACCAAGUAAAGUUGUCUGAUUCUACGAGGCCAGAUUCAACUCUCUCCUGCAAGUGUCGUGUAAUGAAAGAACAUGGAAUGCUACAACUCUACAAGAUUGAACUGAAUCAACUGCGCAACAUGGUCGUGGACAUUUCAUGCACUACUAAGAAUCUGGACCUGAGACUAAUGCUAUGCACGAAGAGACUCAUAACAGAUCUGACUGAUGAUGAUAUGCAAAGCAUUAGGGAUCUGAUUAGUUUGGCGAUUCUAGAUCCUGAUGUGAAGGGUGGGUUGAGAUGGCCUCUGGGAAAGGAGUCUUCUGGAGAUAAAUACAAAGUUGUUGGGGUUUGGCACGUGAUAGCUAAUACGUAUAAAAAUUCAUCGCUAAGACUGAAAGUGAGACAUGCUGAUCGAUUUGAUUUUAGAACCUUAACUGGAGAAGCUACUUGGGAGACAAGUCUGAUGUUGAAAAAGGUCCUGUCAAAGUUACAGGAAGAGAAUGUUGAAGCCAGCUCAAUUUCGGAGAUACUGAAGGAAGAUAUGCAGUUGAUAUGGGAUAACUUCUUGAGCUGUGAACAUUUUCUAACAUGAAAUUGCAAGUUGUAAAUCAGUGAUCACUGUCUAUGCGACGUGUACUUAUCUGUGUAUAUCUUGAGUUUUAUGUCUCAACAUUCGACACAUUUGAUGAAUAAUAUGCAACUGUUUUAACAA